AUGGCGACACUUAUCUUCCCUACUGAAUGGAUCAAAAACUGGGAAAAAUCAGGAAAGCAUGAGUUCGUACAGCUUUGCAAAGAACUAACAGCGAAAACAAAUCAUGGAAGUGAAAGCAAAGACAUCCAGGCAGCCUUAUACGAGCUCUGCUCACAGGUUGUACAGGGCAAUCUUAAAGUGGAUCUUGUUGCCAAUGUUCUUGGAGAAAUAAUGGAACUCAGAGAUGACAUGUCAUCAAUGUUAGCUGAUGUUUUCAGUAUAUUGGACUUGGAGACAAGUGCUCUUGAAGAAAAGAACAAGCGUGAAUACUACACACAACUAGCAGUAGCCUGUUUGAUAUUUAUUCCUGAAGUCAUUCUCAAAGAGAGGCUUGACCCUGAAACACUGGAGUCUCUUGGUUUAAUAAAGCAGGCCUUUCAGUUUAAUCAGAAGAUUGUAAAAAUCAAGACUAAACUUUUCUACAAGCAACAGAAGUUCAACUUGCUUAGAGAAGAAAAUGAGGGCUACGCCAAACUAAUAACAGAGUUGGGCCAAGAUCUUUCAGGAAACAUAACUAGCCACAUAGUUCUGGAGAGCAUAAAGUCCCUCAUAGGUUGCUUUAAUUUGGAUCCAAAUCGUGUUUUGGAUAUAAUUCUUGAGGUUUAUGAGAGUCGUUCAGACCAGGAUGAUUUUUUCUUGUCCCUCAUCAAGUCGUAUAUGUGUGAACACCUCACUCUAUGCCACAUUCUUGGAUUUAAAUUUAAAUUUUAUCAAGAGCCAAAUGAGGAAACACCCAAGUCACUUUACCACAUCGCUGCUGCUUUACUGAACCAUAACCUUAUCCAGCUGGAAGAUCUCUAUGUACAUCUUUUGCCUGUUGAUGCCGCAAUCAUAGAGGAACAUAAACGAGACGUGUCGGAAGCCAAGCAAACUGCUCGCAAACUUGUGAUGGUCGUUCUUCCUUCAGAGAAAAAUGAGGAUAAGGAUAAGGACAAGGAUAAAGAUGAUGACAAGAAUGAAAAGCCGGCUGACAACCAGAAGCUUGGACUCUUGGAAGCAUUACUAAAAAUCGGAGACUGGCACCAUGCCCAGUGUAUUAUGGACCAGAUGCCUUCUUUCUAUGCUACUUCUCACAAGGCCAUUGCUCUGGCGCUUUGCCAGCUUGUUCACCUAACUGUUGAGCCACUUUACAGAAGAGCGGGAGUUCCAAAAGGGGCCCGGGCGUCUGUGAUAAAGCCAUUGAGGAACAAGCGCGCCCCUCGCCCUGCAGAGAACUUUGAGGACCUACGGAGGGACACAGUUGGCAUGCUCGGUUAUCUGGGUCCUCACCUGGCACAUGACCCAAUCCUCUUUGCAAAGAUAGUGCGCUUAGGAAAAGGUUUCAUGAAAGAGUAUCAAAGUGAUGUUAGGGCUGACAAAGACAAGUUGGAAACACUUCUGAGUUGUUUCCUCAGUGUUGCAGACCAGGUGCUUCUGCCCUCUCUGUCACUGAUGGACUGCAAUGCUUGUAUGUCAGAAGAACUGUGGGGUCUUUUUAAACUGUUUCCGUAUCAGCACAGGUACCGAUUAUAUGGACAAUGGAAGAACGAGACUUACUUAAGCCACCCAUUGUUGGUUAAGGUCAAAGCUCAGGCCAUUGAAAGAGCCCGAUACAUAAUGAAACGACUGACCAAAGAGAAUGUGAAGCAGUCUGGAAGACAGAUUGGCAAAUUGAGCCACAGCAAUCCCACCAUAGUCUUUGAUUAUAUGUUAUCUCAGAUCCAAUGGUACGAUAACCUUAUAGUCCCUGUUGUUGACUCUUUGAAAUUUCUCACAUCACUCAACUAUGACGUCCUGGCGUAUUGCAUAAUAGAGGCUCUUGCCAAUCCUGAGAAAGAAAAGAUGAAGCAUGAUGACACCACCAUCUCCUCAUGGCUACAGAGUUUGGCAAGUCUUUGUGGGGCUGUGUUCAGGAAGUACCCAAUAGAGUUGGCUGGGCUACUUCAGUAUGUGACUAAUCAGCUUAAAGCAGGAAAAAGCUUUGACCUGUUGAUCCUGAAAGAAGUAGUGCAGAAAAUGGCUGGGAUUGAGAUCACAGAUGAGAUGACGUCAGAACAGAUGGAGGCCAUGACAGGAGGAGAGCAACUAAAAGCUGAGGGAGGGUAUUUUGGUCAAAUCAGAAAUACAAAGAAGUCUUCACAACGUCUAAAGGAUGCUUUACUUGAGCAUGAUUUAGCCUUACCUCUUUGUUUACUCAUGGCACAACAACGCAAUGGUGUAGUUUUCCUCGAAGGGGGAGAAAAGCACUUGAAACUUGUUGGUCAUCUCUAUGACCAGUGUCACGACACAUUGGUCCAGUUUGGUGGCUUUUUGGCUUCAAACUUGAGUACUGAAGACUACAUUAAACGCGUACCUUCUAUUGAUGUUCUAUGCAACCAGUUUCACACUCCACAUGAUGCUGCAUUUUUCCUGUCCAGGCCCAUGUAUGCCCACCACAUAGUGUCAAAGUAUGACGAGCUAAAGAAAGCGGAGAAAGGAAACCGUCAGCAGCAAAAAGUACACAAGUAUGUGGCGGCCUGUGAACAAGUAAUGAACCCAGUGCACGAAGCAGUAGUGUCACUCCACGCCACUCGAGUGUGGGAAGAUAUGCGCCCUAAUUUCUACGUGACGUUCUGGUCCCUCACUAUGUACGACCUGGCUGUGCCACAUGGUGCAUAUGAGCGUGAAGUCAAUAAGCUGAAAGCCCAGAUUAAAGCCAUCGAGGAUAACCAUGAAAUCCCAAUGAAUAAGAAAAAGAAGGAGAAGGAGCGAUGCACCGCAUUACAAGAGAAACUGCAAGAGGAAGAGAAAAAGCAGGCUGAACAUGUUCAGAGAGUGCUACAUCGUCUCAAACUAGAGAAAGAUAACUGGUUGUUGGCAAAAUCGACUAAGAAUGAGACGAUAACGAAGUUCCUGCAGCUCUGCCUAUUUCCCCGUUGCAUCUUUUCAUCCAUUGACGCAGUUUACUGUGCGCAUUUUGUUGAACUGAUUCACCAGCAAAAGACGCCAAAUUUUUGCACCCUCCUCUGCUAUGACAGGGUUUUUUCAGCCAUUAUUUACACUGUAGCCAGCUGCACAGAGAAUGAGUCUCACCGUUUUGGCCGCUUUCUCUGCUGUAUGUUGGAGACUGUGACCCGCUGGCACAGUAGUCGGGCUGAUUAUGAAAAGGAGUGUAGCAACUAUCCUGGCUUCGUGACCAUCUUCAGAUCAACUGGCUUUGAUGGAGGACACAAAGCAGACCAGCUGGACUAUGAGAACUUUAGACAUGUAGUGCAUAAAUGGCACUAUAUGUUGACAAAAGCUUCGGUUCACUGCUUAGAGACGGGAGAUUACACGCACAUUAGAAAUAUUCUAAUUGUGCUCACCAAAAUCCUACCUUGCUACCCAAAAGUCCUGAACCUUGGACAAGCUUUGGAGUUUCGUGUUCACAAGAUCUGUCUCGAAGAGAAGGACAAGAGGCCUGACCUUUAUGCCUUAGCAAUGGGUUAUUCAGGUCGAUUGAAAAGCCAGAAGGUGCACAUGGUCCCCGAAAAUGAGUUUCAUCACAAAGAACAGCCAGCACGUGCCGCCACGGUCGGUCAACAGAAUGGUCCAGGAGGCUCUGGAAAACCUGCUACCAGCACAAACAAGACUGAUGAUGGGGCAUCCGAGGAUGGUGAACGGGCCAAAGACAAAUCUCAGGGGACAACAAAACCAGUUAGCAAAGCAAACAGUACAACGGCCAAAGUGACUACCAGCAAUGGAAAUGGUGCUCUCAAUAGUACUAAAGGAGUGAAGGAUGAUAAGGAGAAAAGCGGCAAGGAGAAGAAAGAGAAGAAGGAGAAGACUCUAGUCAACACCCCUGAGCAGAAGAGUGAUCUGAGACGAGAGAAGCACAGGGACGAAAGAACAGGGAAAGAGGAUCGGGCUACACGCGAGGGUAAGGAGAAGACACCCAAGUCUGAGCGCGGGAAGAUGGAGGACAAGAAUACCAAAGAUGACAAGCCCAAAGCUGGCAAUGGCGAGCCUGAGGCAUCCAGGGAGUCCAAGAGUAAGGAGAAAGACCGCAGCGCUGCAGCUGCAGCCGCCAAGACUUCAGUCCCCAGGUCUGAGUUGGCUGAAUCUGAAAGGGAUCACAAAAGAAGAAAGCUUGACAGCCACUCCUCUCCAUCCCACUCCUCGUCUGUAAAGGACAAUAGCACCGAACUCAAGGAUUCCACAACCAAGCAUCCUAUCAACUACAAUUCAGUCGACCGAUCGAAGAGCAGAGAGAGGGAUCCAGAGAAGAAAGAGUCUCCUGGACGAAUGAAAGAGAAGAAAGAAGAAAAGGAUCGCAAAGAGAGGAAAAGAGACCAUGUCAUCAAUGACCAUGAGACCAGUCAGGAAGUCAAACGUCGGAAGGAUGAAAACGGAACAAAUUCAUCUAAAACCAGCAAGAGCACCAGUCCCUUGUGCGACUCUCCGCUUACAGUCGAGAAGGAGAAGAGCAAGAGACCAAAGUCUUCAAGUAAAGAAAAGGGAGACUCAGUGAAAACGGAAAGAUCUUCCACUGGAGGAAAAAAGGAGUCCAGACACGACAAAGACAAAUCUGAAAAGAAGGAAAAAAGGGACAGCACAGGCGGAAAAGAAGAAAAAAAGCAAUAUCCUUAA